AUGGAACCUUUUUCCUGUGACACAUUCGUGGCAUUACCUCCAGCAACAGUCGCUAACAGGAUUAUUUUUGGAAAAAAUUCAGAUAGACUCUGUGAUGAAGUACAAGAGGUAGUUUAUUUUCCUGCUGCAGUUCAUGAUAACCUGGGAGAACAUCUUAAGUGUACAUAUAUAGAAAUUGAUCAAGUUCCUGAAACAUAUGCUGUUGUCCUGAGUCGCCCAGCUUGGCUGUGGGGGGCAGAAAUGGGAGCCAAUGAGCAUGGAGUUUGCAUUGGAAAUGAAGCUGUAUGGGGAAGAGAAGAAGUUUGUGAUGAAGAAGCACUACUAGGAAUGGAUCUUGUCAGACUUGGCCUUGAAAGAGCUGAUACAGCUGAAAAAGCCCUCAAUGUCAUUGUUGAUUUAUUAGAAAAAUAUGGACAGGGUGGAAAUUGCACAGAGGGUAGGAUGGCAUUUAGCUAUCACAACAGUUUCCUGAUAGCUGAUAGGAAUGAAGCCUGGAUACUGGAGACUGCAGGGAAGUACUGGGCAGCAGAAAAAGUUCAAGAGGGAGUUCGUAAUAUUUCUAAUCAGCUUUCCCUAACAACCAAGAUUGACCGGGAACACCCAGACAUGAGAACCCAUGCUAAGCAGAAAGGUUGGUGGGAUGGGAAAAAGGAGUUUGAUUUUGCUGCAGCAUACUCCUAUCUUGACACAGCCAAGAUGAUGACUUCAUCAGGCAGAUACUGUGAGGGCUACAAGCUUCUAAAUAAGCACAAAGGAAACAUAACUUUUGAAACAAUGAUGGAAAUUCUUCGAGAUAAACCAAGUGGCAUUAAUAUGGAGGGAGAAUUCUUGACCACUGCAAGCAUGGUUUCUAUUUUACCUCAAGACUCCAGACUUCCUUGCAUUCACUUCUUUACAGGGACUCCUGAUCCCGAGAGAUCUGUUUUUAAGCCUUUCAUAUUUGUGCCACAUAUUUCACAACUGUUGGAUACUAGUUCACCAACAUUUGAACUUGAAGGCCUAGUUAAAAAGAAGUCACAUUUUAAGCCUGACAGAAGACACCCACUCUACCGGAAACAUCAACAGGCAUUGGAAGUAGUAAAUAAUAAUGAGGAAAAAGCCAAAGUAAUGUUGGACUCCAUGAGGAAACUAGAGAAAGAGCUAUUCAGACAGAUGGAAUCAAUCCUUCAAAACAAGCAUCUUGAUGUGGAUAAAAUUGUUAAUCUCUUUCCUCAGUGUACAAAAGAUGAAAUUCAAAUUUAUCAGUCAAAUGUUAGUUCUUAGUGAUCAUAUGGUCAGCUAAUAUUAGUUCUUAGUGAUCAAUGGUCAGCAAUCUCCAAAGUUAUAAUCUGUCACCUUGGUAAAUUAUAUAAACCUAAUCUAAGCAGAUCUGAUUAUUCUUGGAUAGCAUUCAAGUGGUAUCUUGACUAUUAAAACUACAUUGUUGCUGAAAUACUCAGAAAGAAAACAAUGGAACUGGAUUAAUGUAUAGUGGGAUACAGGUGUUAUUUCAGGUGAUGUAUUAUUUUCUUUAGCUGUAGUAACUUUGUCACGAUAAUUAAGUAUUGAAUUCUAUAUUAAGAAUGAAACAUUAAAAUGA